AUGGACUGGAAGCUGGAAUUCAUCUUCAUCCUCAUCAAGUUUACAGUGUCACUUGGAGAUGUAUUAGACAACCGAGGCUAUGAGUUUAUUAUUGCUUUUAUGGAAAACCGUCCUUAUCCAAAAAAUAUGGAAUUGUUUGUGGCAACAUUCAGUGGUGACAUUGUGAAUGUUACAGUGAGCACUCCAAAAUAUUAUGGAAAGUAUUCCGUUCAUCGGCAGUUUCAGUUGUCUAGAGGAAGAGCCGAGCAUGUAUCAAUAAAUACGAAAUUGCAAAUGUUUGGAUCUACGCUAUCUCCUAAAGGCAUCUUAAUACAGGCAACGGACGAGAUCAUCGUGUACGGAGUCAAUAGACGAGCAGAUAGUGUCGAUGCUUUCCUGGGGUUGCCGACAGACGUUCUCGGUGGAGAAUAUUAUGCAGUAUCUUUUCUACCAACAGAGAAACGUUCUCAUUCGAAGCACUACGCACAAUUGCUGGUGGUUGCUAACUUUGAAGACACACAGGUUCAAAUUACUUUUCCAGAAAGCGAUGAUUUCAGCAAUGUCACGUUUGACGGGAACGAAUAUGAUGGAGGAGAAACACUUGCGAUUACAAUGAAUAGGUGUGAAGCACUACAAUUGCAAAUAAACGGGUACGGUGACAUGACCGGAGCAUAUUUGCAAUCAGAUAAACCUGUGGCAUUUUUUAGCGGAAAUGCUAGAACUGUCGUUGGUAAUGGUUACACCAGCGACCAUUUGGUUGAGCAACUGAUAUCAACGGACAGAUGGGGAAAACAGUUUGUGGUUGUUCCAGUACCUGGUAGAGAUGUUGGAGAUUAUCUCAAGGUAGUCGGAUAUAUCGGAUCUACCGAAAUUGACAUAAAAUGUAUUAGCAAUAAUCCAAUCAAUACCUCUGUGAGAAUUGUCUUAGCUAAAGCAGGAAGCUAUCAACUUUUAGAGAUGGAACCGAGAUCAUAUUGUUAUAUCGUUUCCAACAACAGCAUUUUCGUCGUGUAUAUCGUGAAAAGUCGGCAGCAAAAUGAUUUUCAUGAUCCGUCUAUGAUUAUGAUUCCACCCAUGGAACAAUACGCACCAGAAUACGUAUUUACUACCAUAAGGCUUGUGAACGGCAUGUACAAGAAUUACUUCCUCUUUGUGGUAGAGCAAGAAAAUAAAGACGGACUUCGACUUGAUGGAAUGCCUUUUCCAGCUGAUACAGACUACGUCAGCAUACCUAACACCACACUCGUGGCGGGAUAUGUGAUGGUCGGAGAAGGAUUCCAUAGAUUCUACCAUAUGUCACCAAUAUCUGUAUUCGGUGGCAUUUUGUAUGGUCAGUACUCUUUUGAGAGCUACGGGUUGCCAGUGGGGCUGAGGAUGGCCGAAAUUAAUAAGGCAGAUGGCGCAUGGAUGGUAAGGCUCACUGUGCUAACUGUGGUGGAAGACAUCCAGCAUAUUCCAGAGACUGUUUUGCUUGGCGCAAGGAAGAAGAGUCAAUUCAAGAACACAAACAACAUUGCUUUCCCCAAGACAAGGACGAUUGCUGAAAUGCCUGUGCCGGGUCCAUCCUAUGCCAGUCGUGCAGUUGGUAUUACGACCGUGGAGGUCCGAAAUGCUGCUACAAAGACAUGCGAUUCAGAUACAGAGACUGACAUGGCAUGCUGCAUCAAAGCUUUCUUCAAGACAGUCAUUGCGACCACCACCAUCGCCAUCAAAACAGAAUCAGAACCCUCAAUCCCCAUCAACAAACUCCCAGGACUCAAAAAGUGA